CCUCGUUCUCUCCUUCCAUCCGUUGUACGGUCCCCGUCCGUUUCCCACAUUUUCCGCUUCCCCCAUCCGUCCCUCCAUUAACUCGUCUCCCGAUUCCAACCCCCACGAAAAUCCCAAAAAUACUCACAGAAGCAAUCCCUAGUCCCCGAAUCCCACCUCGAGGAGUAUCCCGAUUCGCUUCCGAUCAGCGCCAACUCGAUCUGCGGCUCCAUCUCAGGCGGUCCCGGGCGCGCGGUCUUGGCUCGGGAGAUCCGGGAUCCCGUCCUCGGGUGCUCUGGGCUCAAAUCUUGAGGCCUCUGGGCAAUGUGAUUAGGUCAAGGGGCGAUUUUAGGCGCAGCCGUUGCUGAAUCUCUUGCGGGGUUGCAAAGAUGGAGCAUGUGAUCGGGGGGAAGUUUAAGCUGGGUAGGAAGAUCGGGAGCGGAUCUUUCGGGGAGCUGUAUCUUGGCGUGAACAUACAGAGCGGCGAGGAGGUGGCUAUCAAGUUGGAAUCUGUCAAAUCAAGGCAUCCCCAGCUUCAUUAUGAGUCAAAACUAUAUAUGCUUCUGCAAGGGGGGAUGGGUAUUCCUCAUCUGAAGUGGUUUGGAGUGGACGGGGAGUACAAUGUCAUGGUCAUUGAUCUUCUUGGUCCAAGUCUGGAGGACUUGUUCAACUAUUGCAACAGAAAAUUUACCCUUAAAACAGUACUUUUGCUUGCUGAUCAGAUGAUCGCCAGGGUAGAGUACAUGCACUCGAGGGGCUUUCUUCAUCGUGAUAUAAAGCCAGACAACUUCCUUAUGGGUUUAGGCCGUAAAGCAAGCCAGGUUUAUGUUAUCGACUAUGGCCUUGCAAAGAAGUACCGGGACCUCCAAACUCAUAAGCACAUACCAUACAGGGAGAACAAGAAUCUUACAGGAACAGCACGUUAUGCUAGUGUAAACACCCAUCUUGGAGUAGAACAAAGCAGGAGAGAUGAUUUAGAAUCUCUCGGUUAUGUGCUGAUGUAUUUCAUAAGAGGAAGCCUUCCUUGGCAAGGUCUGAAAGCUGGCACGAAAAAACAGAAGUAUGACAAAAUUAGUGAAAAGAAAAUGUUAACUCCAGUUGAGGUCCUUUGUAAAUCUUAUCCAUCGGAGUUCGUUUCAUACUUCCAUUACUGCCGAUCCUUGCGAUUUGAAGAUAAACCAGAUUACAACUAUCUGAAGAAACUCUUCCGAGAUUUAUUUAUCCGUGAAGGGUACCAGUCUGAUCAUAUAUUUGACUGGACUGUGUCAAGGCAAGUAGCAGAGAAUAACAGAUUGCGACCAAGUGGAAGGACAGCUGGGUUGGUGGGACCAUCUGCAGAACGGGCUGAACGGGUUGCAGCAAGACAGGAUGUUCCUGAUAGAUUCUCUGGUUCAGUGGAUACAUUUGCCAGAAGAACUGGCUCUGGUUCUGGCCAUCAUGCAGAAAACACGAAGCACAGAACUUUGUUGGAUUCACUGUUGGCACCUAAGAUGGCUGUUGAUUCAGAUAAAAGAAGGCCUACAUCAUCCCGGAAUGGGAGCACAUCGAGGAAGGCUCUCCUGUCAAGUAGCAGACCAAGUUCUGGAGAGCCCAGUGACCCGACUCGCACUAGCCACCUAAUCCCAACCAGUAGUGGCAGCAGUCGUCCAUCAACCACUCAGAGGCUUCACCAAUCAACUGGACUCGAGGCCAGGUCCUCGUCGCUGUCGAAAACUGCAAGAAAUAUCCAUGAUGAUCCCACUCUAAGGACAUUUGAGCGCCUUACAAUUAGUGCAGACCGGAGGAAAUAAAAGUUUGAAGAGUAAAAGGAUGUCAGUUGCUGUCAUGAGUGUGGGCACUUGGAUUCUUUCAGCUCCAGAUGAUGCUCACUGGUCAGCAAGAUAAAUGAUGUGCUACACAAGAUGCCGAGGAAUGCAUAUAGCGAAGGGGGCUCAUCGAAUCUUGGCAUGAAUGAUCGAGCACUGUUAUUUCAAUGUCUGUUCUUUUGAAUGGCUAAAGAAAACGUUUUACACCAUUCUGGAGGGCCUGGAUUGUCUCGGCUGCAUUGUUUGGCCGUGCUGGCCUAAUUGAUGUUAAUGUUGACUCAAGACACUUGUGGACACGCUAUUCAAAUAAAACAGUUCAUUAGACUUUCAAAA